ACUGGGCAUAAAACGUUUUUGCUACAGCAGCGAACUUGUUAAACAAAAUCCGCCCCGCUCCAAAAGAUCUCCUCUAAAUUUAGCCAUCGGUUGCAGCGCGCGCACGCAGCGAGAUCGUCGUCCGCCGUGGCCAAGAAUACUGAGCUGCUAUCGGCGCCGUUCAUCUCGUCGUUCGGGAUAGCGCGAGAUCGGUCUCUGUCUCUGUAUUUAGAACAGCUGCGCGAUUUCGAGAGGGAGAGUGAAAGGAAAAGACCGAGUCCGGGAGUUUUUCGUUUGGACUACCGCGUGAAAAUCAGUUGGCCGCGGUGAAGACUGGCGAGAUGCCGUCGCGGUAUUCCGCGCGCGAAAAAUCUGGGUCAAGUUUGGGAGGAAUACGCGCGGCACGUCGUACUCGUCAUCAAGGAUGCCCGUCAUCGCUGCUUUAGUGGAGCCGCCUGAUGGCUGCAGGUGUAUUUUUGAAGCGCGGAACACUUGGCAGUCUGCUGCCCUUCGCGCGCAGUAUAUCCCAUCCGCAAACGUGGAUCAUGGUUGUUUUCUGGACUUGUGCGAGCGCCGACGUCGUCGUUGAUUCCGCUGCUGUUACUACUACUGCGUCGUCGUUUUUCAGCCCGACGGUGACUUACGUGUGACUGCGGCACCAGAGAUCGAAGGAACACACUCUCGCGCAGCGCUUUUGUAAUUUCUAUAAGCGGAGACGAAAAUAACGUCCCUCGUGUCUACGUUGCGUAGUCUGCGCAGAGAAGUCUGUAAGAAGUUAUAGCGAUUGUAGUGUCUGGCUAGGUGAAUUUCAUUCAUUCGAUUUGAAAAAAAUGUCUAUUGUUAGCGCCGUUUGAUAUUUAACAUGAUCAAUCGUUAUUCCGGCUAUCAAUUCUGAUCAGGUUGAAAUUAAAUGUUGGUUGUGUACGUUGCAUGCUUUAAUGUUAUUAUUGCUUUUUACCGAUCCAUUCAAAUGUAAAGAAAAUGAUUUUUUCUAUUGCUUUUAUUAUAAAAAAUGCUCGUUAUUGAAAAUAAUAAUAAUUUGUAAGAAAACGUUUGAGUGAUGAACGAAACAAUUAAGGACAAUAGGAAAUUUCACGAAAAUUAAUCUGUACAGCACGCAUACAUAAUCUUUUUGCUUUGCACAAACUUGAACAAAAAUAAUUCAUUAGUUUCUUUGUAAAAUCAACAAACUAAACUCAUUCCUUCGCUGCUCGAAAUUCAAGCAACUGUCAAAUCGUCAAGUUCGCGUUACGAUGAUCGAACUUUGAAAAAAGCGCAUUGUAAAAGCAAAAACUCGAGAUAAGAUGUGCGCCCGUUUGCUCGCGUGUCCGCUGUGCUCGCAGCCGGGUUUCCUCACUCUGGACGCCUUACGUGCUGGUCUUGUCAGCGUGGCGACUCGUCCGCUAGCCUGUCCAGUCUGCAACGAGGUGCUUCUGGGCAUCGACAAGCUGACUAUCCACCUGUUCGGCCACAGCAUCAACCCCAGCAACACCGUCGUUGGCGGUGGCAACGAAUCAGCCAAGAUCAUAGAGGUCAGGAACGCUCAAGCCAUACCUAUCCAGUCCUGGAACGUACUCAAUGCUGCUGCUGCUGCCCAGGCCGUCGAGGUCAACGGCAAGAGCCAGGAGUCUGCUAGGGAGAACACCGGCAGUGGGAUCUACAUACCGAUCGACGAGAUUGAGACCUUUAGAAACCUGACGGCAAUCAAGGAUGCCAGCAACGUCAUAUCCGCCAAUAAUGCACAGAACGUUACUUCGGAAAUCAGUGCACCCAACCAAGUCAUCUUCCUGCAGAACGUUACGCCCGUGCAGCCGGCGGGUAUCUAUCAGCCGACCUCAACGGCCGAAGUUGCUACGUCGACGAGUCUCGAAGUCUCCGAGCUUACGGAUCAGAACAACGGACCAAAAACUAUCGUGAAAGAGAUCGACAUGAACGGCAGAAUAGUUCAAAGCGAAGUUUCUUCAGUCGCUAACAGCAACGCCGAUGACACGACGUCAAAGUAUCCACCCUCGCACACCGACAGACUGGCAGAUCUCGUGAAGAAUGCGCAGAUCACGGCAUCGCCUCUCGGAACCUUUCACGAUUCCUACGACUGCUCGAAGCCGGAAAAGCCGACACCGAUGAAACCGAGCAUUAAGUCCACGAGGAUACUCUCUGCCAGUGAGCGAACCGAGCGCUGCAACGUAUGCGGUUUUCAUUUUCCAGACAAAAACAUUCUUUUGCUUCACAAGCAGCUCGUGCACAUGAUUCAAGCUAAGGACUCAAACGCGGCCCCCGAGUCUCUCAUGAAAAACUACCCGUGUCACCUGUGCACCAAGGUUUUCAAAAUGAGGGGUAGUUUGAUGGUACACAUGAGGGUGGCUCAUCCAAAGUUCAACACAUCAAGUUCUGUCCGAGACGCGCAACAGAAGAAGGAGCAAAAGAAGGACCCUCCACCGGCACCAGAAAUUUUGCCAAGCUCUGAAAUUGAAGGUGGAUUCAGCUGUUCAGUUUGCAGAAAAUCUUUCAGAAAGGAAGUACAUGUCGCGCAACAUAUGAGAGUUCACGAAGGCAAACAAUGGGAGUGUGAAAUAUGCAGUAAAAUGUUUACUACCAAGUACUUUUUGAAAAAACACAAAAGGCUUCACUCCGGCGAAAUGCCUUACAAGUGCAACUUGUGCGAUAAAACGUUCACAUUUCAACAGUCUUUUCAUAAACACAGACUCUAUCAUAAAGAUGACAAGCCACACACGUGCAUGACCUGCGGCCGUUCAUUCAAGGAGCUUUCCACGUUGCACAAUCAUGAACGUAUUCACACGGGAGAGAAACCGUUCGCUUGUGAAACUUGUGGUAAAUGUUUCCGACAACGAGUUUCAUACUUGGUGCAUCGUCGUAUUCAUACUGGAGUCAUGCCAUACAAAUGCAACAGUUGCGGAAAGAGCUUUAGAUAUAAGGUCAGUCAAAGAACUCACAAAUGUCCACUUCUAUCACCUGAAGGUAACACAUUACGACCAGAUGGUUGUGACAAAUCGCAAGAUAGUUCUGAAAUGCGAGAUUCGCCCGAUUCUUCAUCACAAGACGAACAAAGUGUGGACAAUGCCAUAACAAGCGAAGAAAAUCAAUACGUUCUGGUCCUAAAUGAAAAUGGUCAUCAUGUCUUGAAGAGAAAGCGAGAUGUUGAAAAUGAAAAUAAUCAAGAGACAAGUACCGACAAAAUAGACCUAAAUAAGGAAAAUUCAAAUGAAAGCAAUGACUUUCUAGGCAAUAUUUGGAAUCAAGAGACAAACGAUGACAUGGAUUACCGAGAAGGCAAUGCCAAAGCAGAUGAGAUAGUUUCAAGUGUACUAAAAGAUACAAAUUUAUGGAAUGAAUGUCCAAGCACAAACAACGAUUCACCAUUACCAGAUAACAGCGUUUCCAAACAGUUCAUUGAAAAGGAACUUACUAACGAAUUCGCUAGUGAACUCUGGAAUCAAACUCCAACAAAUGAGACUUCUUACGAAAAGACAAAUGGUAACGAUCAAUCGAAUAGCACAGCUGAUUUCUUUUCUAUGGUAAUGUCUCCUUUAGAAAAUGAAUUGUCCUCUCCAUCGGCAGAAAUGAAACACUUGAGACUAUCAUCGCCGGUGAAUAAUCAAGAAAAUACAUCGGAAGCUGUUGACUGUUUUCCGCCAAUGAACAGCAACAUUAAUCCUGUCCAAGUUGAUCACAACAGUAUAGAAGACAACUUUAGCGAAACUAAUGGAAAUCUUUCUACACUACAGACUAUUAAUGAAGACUCAUUAAAAGAAUUGUUGAAUAGCAUCGUUGAUAAGUAGAAAACGUUAGCCCGUUGCUAGUUAAUUUUUUCACUGUUAAAAAUAUUUGAAUGUAUAAUAUUACUGUACUUUUUUUAUUUUCUUUUGUUUAAAAUGUGAUACCAUGCUCUCGUUAUUGCAUGUUUGACACUGCAAUAAAAACCCUUGAGUUUUGGAUUGUUUUUUGUAUGAAGUAUUUAUUAUGUGAUUUAUUAAAAUUAUGAUGUACAUUGUA